AGUGCUGUGUAUCACGCAGAUUCUCCCUGGGAUAUGCUAUGCAGCAUUUGGAUCCACAAAGUUUUGGCUGCACCGAUGGCGACAAGUUUGCCUGAUAAAAAAAAGAAAAAAAAGAAAAAGAGGAGAGAGAGAGAUUAGUGGAGUGGUUAGCGCCGCCACUGGACAGCAGCCGGGCCCUGCCUGGUUUCCAUUUCUGUCAUUUCUGAUUCGAAUUUUUCAGAGCAAGAGAAAGAGAGAGAGUUGAGGCAGAAGAGGAGGAAGAGGAAGGAGGAGAAAGAUGAGUACGGCGGCAAUGGAAGCCCUUCAGGUCGAGAAAAUGGACGAGCGCGUCACCCGUGUUCUCUUCUGUGGUCCUCAUUUCCCUGCUUCUCACAAUUUUACACUGGAGUACUUGCGGGACUAUCCCUUUAUUCAGGUUGAUGUUGUUCCCCUUGAUGAGGUGCUAGAUGUUAUUUCAAACUACCAUAUUUGUGUAGUAAAAAGCAUGCGGCUGGAUUCAAAUGUUAUUUCUCGUGCAAAGCAGAUGCAGCUCAUAAUGCAAUUUGGUGUUGGGCUGGAAGGUGUUGAUAUUGAUGCUGCCACGAAAUGUGGAAUCAAAGUAGCUAGAAUUCCGAGUGGUGGAACUGGAAACGCAGUAUCAUGUGCGGAAAUGGCCAUAUAUUUUAUGUUAGCUCUUCUCCGCAAGCAUAAUGAGAUGCAAAUGUCUAUAAAGCAAAGGAUCCUCGGAGAGCCAGUUGGUGAAACGCUAAUUGGGAAGAAUGUAUAUAUCAUGGGCUUUGGAAAUAUUGGAAUUGCUUUGGCAAAACGGCUACGGCCAUUUGGUGUGAGAAUCCUUGCUACAAAAAGGAGUUGGGCUUCAACAUCAUGUGAUCCUUUCCAACCUGACAGAACUUCUGUUCGAAAUGGUGAUGCCAUUGCUGAUCUGGUUGAUGAAAAGGGCUAUCAUGAUGAUAUUCACAAUUUUGCUAGCAAGGCCGACAUAGUUGUUUGUUGCUUGCGCAUGAAUAAUGAGACAGUUGGCAUAGUGAACAAGGCUUUCAUUUCGUCAAUGAGAAAGGGUGCCCUUUUGUUAAAUAUUGCUCGAGGGGGUCUUCUGGACUAUGAGGCAGUCUUUUAUUACCUGAAAAAUGGUCACUUGGGGGGCUUAGGCACUGAUGUUACUUGGACUGAGCCAUUUGAUCCUGAUGAUCCAAUUUUCAACUUUCAGAAUGUCCUAAUAACGCCCCAUGUUGCAGGAGUUACAGAACAAUCAUACAGAUCAAUGGCUAAGGUAGUUGGCGAUGUUGCUCUACAAUUUCAUGCAGGCACGGCUUUGACAGGGAUAGAAUAUGUGAACUAGUCCAUCUUAAGAAAUAUCGAAUGCAAUCGUGUUGCUUGGCAUAUGGGAAAAGGAAGAUUGAUUCUUAUAAUGUUUGUCAAGAGGGCAAUUUACCCUUGUUUUUGUACCCUUGUGUUUGCUUACUGGAUUGAAGCUUCCAAUUUGUCAUUCUAAAAAAUUACCCCUUAUAUGAUGAAUAUUUUUAGCAUUUUGAAAA